AUGGAGUCCUCCCCGCUCCUCCCCAAGAUGCCCGCCCCUGCAAACAUCUGGGCAGCCUACAACAUCAACAGGUACCUCGUCGGCGUCGGCCUGCUUCUCGGCGUGGUAGUCCUUUGGACAGCAUCCAACUUUAUCACGGCGGGGCUGGAGACGGGAGACGAUGCUUACAACAAGCCCUUCUUAAUAACGUACUUUAACACGGCGUCCUUCACCGUCUACCUCAUUCCGACAAUGUGGAGACGGUAUAGAAACCGUAAUGUGCUUCAAGAUGAUGCCCACCCCACGCCCAGCGCUGGCUACCUCUCUCUACCCGCUUCGCCCUCCCACCGACGGAGCAUCUCGCUUCCCCGAUCCGGCGCCUUCCCACGCUCAAGAUCCGCCUCUCCUUCUGCCCGCCUCAUCCCCCUCCCCGACUCUCUCAACCCCGCUCACCCAUCAUUCGACCAAGAUCGCCCUCCUCUUCCUUCUGAAGAAGGCGUGACCGUUCAUGUCUUGCCGAAAUUGACGGUGAGAGAGACGGCAGAGAUUGCGGCUUGGUGGAGUGUUGUUUGGUUCGUGGCGAAUUGGGCGGUGAAUGCGAGUUUGGCAUGGACAAGUGUUGCGAGUGUCACCAUUUUGAGUAGUACAACAGGCUUCUUCACUCUGGCUCUUGGAAGAAUAUGCGGCGUCGAAUCAUUAACAACAACGAAACUCUUUGCCGUCCUUGCUUCCUUCCUCGGUGUCAUCCUCGUGACCCACUCCGACUCUACCAUCUCUCCCUCCUCCGACCCCAGCUUCCCUCUUCCCAUCGACAAACCCACCCACCCAAUCUUUGGCGACGUCCUAGCCCUGACAUCAGCCGCCUUUUACGCCAUCUAUGUCAUCUUGCUCAAAGUCCGCGUCGUCGACGAAGAACGCGCCGACAUGCAACUCAUGCUCGGUUUCGCCGGUCUAUUCAACACAAUCUUCCUCAUCCCCAUCUUUCCCAUCCUCCACUACACCUCCAUCGAGCCCUUCCAGCUCCCCCCCUCCCCCUCCGCCUGGCUCAUCUGCCUCAUCAACUUCUUCAUCACCCUCUCCUCCGACUACCUCUACGUCCUCGCCAUGCUCAAAACGACGCCCACCCUCGUCACCGUCGGUCUCUCGCUCACCAUCCCCCUAGCGCUUGUGGGGGAGGUGGUGUUGCCCGUGGCGGGGAUGGGGGUGACGGGGUGGAGUGUGGCGGGCGCGGGGAUGGUUUGUUGUGGGUUUGCGGGGCUGGGGUGGCAGGAGUAUGUGAAGAAUGCGGAAGGGGAGGGAGGGGUUGUGGUCGUUGCGGAGGAUGGGGAUGAUGGGGAGCGAGUAUGA